CUCGCAGCGAGCAACGCGCCAAGAUUUCUCCAGUGGCUGCGCUGACAAUAUUUGAAUAUGUCUUGAAUGACGAGGCCGGCGUGCGCCUGCGAGAUCAACGUUGACCGCUGGCUUGCUCCAUGUCGUCUCCACCCGAUUACCAUGCGCCUCAUGCCAGUACCAGCAGAGCAGUCGACGCCGGCGUGUCUCUGGCCUCACAUGUACCAGCCACAAGCUCAUCGCGCAGUACCUUGGGCCAUCAUCCUCUUGCAGCACUCGGCUGGCCUCAAGGGCCUUUCCUCAUAAGAAACCAAUCAAACAGAGCUGUACUCGAUUGCAGAGGAGGAAAGAUCGAAGAAGGCACAGAAUUGAUCCUCUGGCCGAGCAAGGAAGUCUAUGUCGCUCGGUCUGGCACCGUGCAAGGCGGCAAAGCAGGCGAGCUUGGCCAAACACGCUUGCAAGUCAAAGGCAAGGGGGUCAACCAAGUCAUGGCGCUGGACUACUCGGGCUGUAUCGUCCCUGUUGCGGACAACGGCCGUGGCUUACACCUCGACGUGACCGCCGUCAAUGAAUCGCCCAGAUUGAUGGCAACUCCCCUCAUCAGCUCGAAAGCUAAUCACGCUAGGCAUGCACCGCCAACAUUUGAGUACAGUCAUCAGCACAAGAUCAUCUUUGUCAGGCUUCGUCACAAUCCGCUAGAAGAGGAGGACGACGGCUGGAGCGAACUGGAGUACAUCCUCGAGAGCGUGCCUAUGGCGCCAAGCCAAGUCGAACGAGAUCGUAGCAUGGGCGUAGAGUCUCCUCUAGCAUCGCUGUCUGGCUGGCUAAGUCAGACGGUGCUGGGUACUCAAACCGCAUCUCAAUUGAAGCCAAAGGAGGAAGAGGAGGAUGCGAGUGAGCUCCAGACGAUGGGGCGCGCCCAGCCGCAUGCUGGCGUCGAUGGUGUCCUCUUUGACAUGGUCUCUGAGAGCGAGAGCGACGACGACGAUAGCUCGCCGAGCGUGAUGCGACUCGUCAGAUUGGCAGCAAUUCCCCCUGGCUGGCAGAGCGAGCUUCAGAGUACCCUGAAAGAGGCCCCGGCUGCAACAAGCAAGGAGGAGCGAUUGCGAACUGCACAGAUCAAGCGCAAAUGGCUACGCAGGCAGUGGGACAUCCUGCCCAUCGAUGUACCUGUUAGUGCGCCUAGCACAGAUUAUCCCGGUGCUCGAUACAGACACGCCCAGACUCAUGGCGGCAUGUCAGAGAGCGUAGACGCUUCCAUUGAUGCACUCUUCGACGCGCUCGGUUCGUCCAGAUCUCGCUGAGAAUGCAUGACUGGCUUGUACAACGUCAUAGCUUUGCUUGACCGGCAAGUGUUGUAUCGUUAGCUCGUAGUACUGCAAGCUCAUCAUGUUGCCACUGUUCAGCAACCCAAUUCAUCAGCCUCUAUUGCAAGACGGCGAAGCUGACUUGCCUGAGGAAUGAAGAAAUCGAGUAUGAGCUCGUCAUCUGGCACUUGGGCAUACUUGCGGAAGUCGCG